UUGUAUGUAAAAUUAAUAUUUAAGAGAUUUAUAUAAUGAAUAAUCUACAAGAAAUUAUAUUUAACGUGCGAAUUUUUAAUGAAGAGAAGGAUAACGAGGAUGAAUACUCUGCCUCGGCGUGCGAGAUCAUGCAACGACGAAGUUCUAGCCGUUGGCAAAAUAGGCGAAAACGUCGACCGUCCUCUCCUUUCGGCAUCGAAGCUGAGGGUACGCUUCAUCGAAGAUCUUCCGCUUAUACUAUAAGCUCCGGAGAAACCGCGAUCUCGAUAGAGGAGAGCGGAAGCCAGGAGCAGAUAUUCGAGAAAUUGAAGUUGCACAAAGAGGUGUUGAGCGGGGUGAAGCAGCAACCUUGGCCGCUUCGUAGGAAAAUAAAGCUGGUGCGGCAAGCAAAAUCCUACGUGAGAAGGCACGAGGAUGUUCUUCAGGAAAGAUUGGCUCAGACUCGAAGCACUAAAGACGCCAUUGCGCGUGUCUCUCUGUUCGCCACGAAAAAAUGGCAAUAUUGCCGUAGAGAGGUAGUGAAUCUUCAAACAUGGCUGAUUCCCUGGGAAUUUCGCAUAAAAGAGAUCGAGUCGCAUUUUGGUUCGGCUGUAGCCUCGUAUUUCAUUUUCCUUCGAUGGCUGUUUUGGAUUAAUCUCGUUAUGGCAAUUAUCCUCGUUGCUUUCGUGGCAAUUCCCGAGAUGCUCACAGCAGACGAAACUGCGGCGGGGAAGAUUAUGCUCGAAGAGGAGAAAAUAAAGUCGAAGAACUUGCUAACUCUAUGGGAAUUCGAAGGAAUCUUGAAGUACUCGCCAUUUUUUUACGGCUGGUACACUAACAAAGAUUCGCAAAGCGGUUAUAGAUUACCCCUAGCUUAUUUCGUCACUAAUUUGGUGGUUUACAUCUACAGUUUCCUCGCCAUAUUGCGCAAGAUGGCAGAAAAUUCUCGGUUGAGCAAACUCAGUGAAAAAGAGGACGAAUGCGCGUUUUCCUGGAAAUUAUUCACAGGUUGGGACUUUAUGAUCGGCAAUCCUGAAACCGCGCAUAAUAGGACGGCGAAUAUCGUGCUUGGAUUCAAAGAAGCUUUAUUGGAAGAGGCCGAGAAGGAAAAAGACGAGAGAAAUUGGAAGAUAAUAUUGAUGAGGAUCUUCGUUAAUGUAUCAGUGAUAGCGUUAUUGGGAUUGUCAGCCUAUGUCGUAGUGAAAAUUGUUGCACGAAGUUCUAAGGAACAGAGUAAUUGGUGGCGUCAAAACGAAAUUACAGUCGUGUUGUCACUAAUCACAUAUCUGUUCCCAGUAUUCUUCGAGAUAUUGGGCCUGUUGGAGAGUUAUCAUCCCAGGAAGCAGUUGCGUUUGCAGCUUGCACGAAUAUUGUUUUUGAACAUGCUGAAUCUGUAUUCUUUAAUAUUUGCUUUAUUUGAAAAAAUUGAUUCAAUGAAACAAUUAAAAGAUCAGUCAUUUAAGAAUUGUACUAUUAAAACUUACAAGCCUAUUAAAUGUGAUAAAAAUAUAUCCAAAUCACAACAAUUCAUAACAUUGGCAUCUUUAAGUUUAAUCUUGGCAAAUUUAACUGGAACUCAAUAUAAGAAAGAAAUUCCUGAAACAAAUUACGAUAAUUACGACUAUGUUAAAACAAACGAAUCGAAUGAAAUUAUAUUUCCUCCACUCGAGAAUACAACUGAGGAAGUCAAUUUUACAACGGAAAUAAUUGAAAACGAUAACAUCAGUGCAACAACUAUUUUCAUUGUUUUAAAAAAUUUUACCGAAACUUCCCUUAUAGACUCAAACGAAGAAACUAAUACCACUUUUAUGACUAGUAUCUCCUUCAACGAAUCUAUAAUUUAUUCAGAUGAAACAACUGAAAAAAUAGACUAUAAUAUAAGUACAACUACAGAUAUUGAUUCAAAUAUUAUUGAAACUUUCGAUGUAAAUUCAGAGAGAGAUGGAGUCACAGAAAUGGAAGAGCAUUCAACAUCAUUAUCGACACAAGAUAAUUAUCAACAUUUGAUAAUUAAAACGUUAAAUACAAAUAUCGAAUCCGCGACAAUUACGAACAAAUUUACUGAGGAAUCUAUUUCUACAGAAAUGUUUGAUAACAUUUCUAUCAUUCUUGAAUCUUCAACACUAGGCGAAAGUGUGAUUUCUCUAUUAGAAAAAGAUACAAGAUACGUAAAGUGUUUCGAAUACGUUUGCAUGGCUACAGAAGAUACAAAUACAAUUUCUUCAUUGAAAGAAUUAGAUCUGAAAACUCGAAAGAAGCUUUGCCAUUCGUGUUGGGAAACGGUAUUUGGACAAGAACUUGUUAAGCUUACUGUAAUGGACUUGAUAAUUAUCAUAGCAAAUACAUUAACUAUAGAUUUUAUUCGUGCUGUCUUCGUACGAUUCAUGAACGGUUGCUGGUGUUGGGAUCUUGAGAAACAAUUCCCUCAAUAUGGUGAUUUCAAAAUCGCUGAAAAUAUACUUCAUUUGGUGCUCAAUCAAGGGAUAAUAUGGAUGGGAAUGUUCUUUAGUCCUGGAUUAAUGGUUUUAAAUCUUUUCAAACUUGCAAUUCUCAUGUACCUUAGAUCUUGGGCUGUUAUGACUUGUAAUAUACCACAUGAAGUAGUUUUUCGAGCUUCCAGAUCUAACAAUUUUUACUUUGCUUUAUUGUUAAUAAUGUUAUUUUUAUGCGUUCUACCCGUUGGCUAUGCUAUAGUUUGGGUAGAACCAUCAUUGUGUUGCGGUCCAUUCUCUGGUUACAAGAAAAUUUAUCAUGUAGCGACGAAAAAGCUCACUGAUUCUCUUCCUGAUUUAAUUAAGAGGUGUCUUGAUUAUAUUGCCUCUCCUGGUAUAGUAAUUCCAUUAAUUGUUCUCAUGAUACUUAUUAUUUAUUAUAUGAUAUCACUUACCGGUUCAUUGAGAGAGGCUAAUAAUGAUUUAAAGAUACAAUUGCGCCAUGAACGUACCGAAGAACGGCGAAAAUUAUUUAAAAUAGCGAAAAAAAGGGAAGAAAUGUCUGAUAUUUUGAAAUUCAAAAAAAUGUUACCAGUUUUAUCUAAAAGAUCGAUAAUAAAGAAAAUUCUUAAAGAUGAUUCAGAAGUUAUAGAAAUAGAAAAUGCAUCGAUAGAAGUUCACGAAGAUGAAAGGAAAAAUUCAGCUUCAGAAUUAACGGAUAAAUUUAUAGAACAGGAUAUAAUAUUACAUGAUCAAACACAACACACAUUUUCUGAAAGUGAUAACAAUGAAAAAGAACCAGUUACUAACAACAGGUUAAUAAAAGUUUUACACAAUUCUUGGGAAUUACAAUCCAGUGAUUACGCUAUUAUACCAGAGAUUCGCAUAAACGAGAUCAAAAAGAAAUCAGAAAAUCAUUUUCAAACAACUUCUACAAAAGAUCAUGAUAUUUGAACGAUUCUAAAAAUUAAAAUUUCUUAAAAUACACGUAUUCAAGAUGAGGUAUAAAAUCGAUAACAUUAAAAUAAAGAAGUUAAAAGCGUUUCAUUCAUUCUUGUGUGUAAU